AUGAGAUGGGAAGAUAGUGAGUAUACUUCUUUAGCAACCCCUGCAAGGGUUGUUCAAUAUGAAGCUCCUGAUCUGGGUGGUGAAAACAUUUACGGGAUAUGGAGGAUUGAUGAUACAGACAAUAGUUUCUUGACACAGCCUUUUCGGAUUAAAUAUGCAAGGCAAGAUAUUCGUUUAUCUAUCAUGAUCUCGUUCACUCUACCUCUCGGUGAAAAUGAGGGUCCAUCCACCUCUGCAGUUAUUUUGAAAUUUGAGCUUAUGCAAGCUCCCAUAACAGAGAGCACGUUUGAGCUCCUGGCUUAUCCGAAUGCUUCUUCUGUUUCAGUCCAUGAAUUUCGAAUUCCUCCUAAAGCUCUUCUAGGAUUGCAUUCGUAUUGCCCUGUCCACUUUGAUGCAUUUCAUUAUGUGCUAGUUGAUGUAACCGUGCACAUCAGUCUAAUGAAAGCUGGUUCUUUCAUGAAGGUACCCAGUGGGUCUUAUGGUCAAGACGUUGCUGGCAAAAUUACUGAUGGGUUCAGCCAAGCAUUGGGUCAAGUGGCCUAUUUAGAUACCAAAAAGAUCAUGCUUGUUAAAGCAUUGUUAACUUCCCGCAACACAUUGCUUGAAGAGCUACAAAAAAUUAGCAAAGGCAUCGAACAUGCUAUUGAUUUAUCUGAUUUUGCCUGCAAUACGGAUGAUAUGAGGAUGUUUGAUUCUAUAGUGCAAGAAAAUCUGGGUACUGCAGACGGUGAAGUGUCAGGAAAAAGAAAGCCACAGAAUGGUCUUGAGAAAGCAAACGGCACUGCAGCUUUUCAAAGUGAUAACAUUUCUUCAAAGGCUGCUAUUGCGAACAUUUUGCAUUCAUUGGGAGUUCAAUUAUCGUAUUUAUGGAGCAUUUUUCUGCAGUUUCACAGGGCAAACAAAAUAACAAUACUGGAGUUUCUGCAUGAUGUGUGGGCUAAAGAUCGACGAGCAGAAUGGUCGAUAUGGAUGGUGUACUCUAAGGUUGAGAUGCCUCAUCAGUACAUAAGCAGUGGAAUUGAUGAUUCCUCCCAUCAUGGCCACAGAAGAUCUUCGAGCUUGUUGAAUCCUGCCCAGAGUGCAGCUACACGUGCUGACCUUCAUAGGCGAAGUAUUGCCCAAAUGAGGAUUAAUAAUCGAUCAAUCCAAGACAUGUAUAUAUUUGCGGAUCUGCUACGAAUUCCGAUUAUAAUUUUGGAACGUGUAACUAAUGCACCACGGCGUACUCUUAGUGAAAAUUCGUACUUCAGAAAUUUGGACCUGGUAGAUCCACAUAGCUUGCACAGUAGACCUGGCACUGAAGUUGAAGCUGAAGCUGGUAAGAAGGAAUCUGGUGCUGUGCUGCCAAAAAAUGGUCGUGAAUUGAAGGCUGUCAUCUUUGUGCAUGGAUUUCAGGCAAGGCUCGCUCUUUCCAUGGCUUGUAUUGAGUUUGGAAUGGAUAUAGAAUUGAUUUUACUAGUGAAUGCUUGUUCAGGUUCAAAUUGGACAUUUGGAGAUGGGGUAGAAGCACGUUCAGGUGGAUUGGGUGCAUUUGCAGUUUCGGGUGGACACCAUCUGGAUUUACGGCUUGUUCGCAAUCAGUGGCUUUUGAUAGACCCCAAGAUGGAGUUCCUUAUGUCAGAGGCAAAUGAAGACAAAACAUCUGGAGACUUCAGAGAAAUGGGACUAAGGCUGGCACAGGAAGUGAUCUCUUUCCUUAAAAAGAAAAUGGAUAAAGUUUCAAGAUGUGGUUUGUUAAGGGACAUCAAGCUUAGCUUUGUUGGGCAUUCUAUUGGGAAUAUCAUCAUAAGAACUGCAUUAACAGAGAGCAUAAUGGAACCAUACCUAAGAUUCCUUCACACAUAUAUUUCUGUAUCUGGUCCACAUUUGGGUUAUCUUUACAGCUCAAACUCUUUGUUUAACUCUGGGAUGUGGCUUUUGAAAAAACUUAAGGGAACGCAGUGCAUUCAUCAGCUUACAUUCACAGAUGAUUCAAAUCUCCAAAAUACUUUCUUGUACAAACUCUGUGAGCAGAGGACGUUGGAGAAUUUCCAGAAUAUAGUACUGCUAUCUUCACCCCAGGAUGGUUAUGUACCAUAUCAUUCUGCCAGAAUUGAACUGUGCCCGGCAGCUUCCUUGGACCACUCAAAAAAGGGUCGAGUGUUCCUUCAGAUGCUGAAUAAUUGCAUGGAUCAGUUACGAGCCCCAACAUCUGAGCAUCGACUGUUCAUGCGCUGUGAUGUAAACUUCGAUACUUCCGCCUACGGCAGGAAUUUGAACACAAUCAUUGGGCGGGCUGCUCACAUUGAGUUUUUGGAGACUGAUGUUUUUGCAAACCAGCAGACCCACAAUAUUUUGUGCACCAUUCAAGAUGUGACGGAUCGUGGUUUAGAUUUCAAGCUGCACAAAGUUUACCAGGAAACUUACACUGAAGUUUUGAAGAACAAUAGUUUUGGUGCUUUAUACGCUACUGAGAUGGAGCUUCCUCAUGACUCCCUUUUUCUUGGAUUUGACAGCUCUACCCAGUCAAUGAAAGCAACUGUUUUAGAUUCCAACCUCAACAUUGUCAAAGCAGAGAAAAUUCAUUUUGAUUCUGAUUUGCCCCACUACAAAACCAAAGAUGGGGUCUAUAGAGACCCUUCUGACAAUGGCAGAAUUGUUUCACCCACCUUGAUGUGGGUAGAAGCUCUUGAUCUUGUUCUUCAAAGGCUUGUGAAAUCAGGUUUGGAUUUUGGGAAAAUUGCUGCUCUUUCUGGAAGUGGACAGCAACAUGGUAGUGUUUACUGGAAGACAGGUGGUUCUGAAAUAUUAUCAUCGCUUGACUCUAAGAAGCCAUUGGUGGAUCAAUUAGGCAAUGCCUUUUCCACCAAGGAAUCACCAAUCUGGAUGGACAGUAGCACGACUGCACAAUGCAGAGAGAUAGAGAAAGCUGUUGGCAGUGCAUUGGAGUUGUCUAGGAUUACUGGGUCACGCGCUUAUGAAAGAUUCACUGGACCACAGAUUAGGAAGAUAUAUCAGAAACAGCCAGAAGUUUAUGAUAAUACUGAGAGGAUUUCCCUUGUUAGCUCAUUUAUGGCUAGUCUUUUUAUUGGAGCUUAUGCUGCUAUUGAUCACACUGAUGGUGCUGGGAUGAAUUUGAUGGAUAUCAACACCAGAGUCUGGUCUAAAAAGGUCUUAGAGGUUACUGCACCACGUUUAGAGGAAAAACUUGGAAAGUUGGCCCCAGCCCAUGCUGUUGCCGGCAAUAUCGCGUCCUAUUUUGUGGAGAGAUAUAAUUUUAAUAAGAAUUGUUUGGUUGUUCAGUGGUCUGGAGACAAUCCGAACAGUUUAGCAGGUUUAACUCUUAGCAUUCCGGGGGAUCUGGCAAUCAGUCUCGGCACCAGUGACACUGUUUUUGGGAUUGCAAGUGACCCCAAAUCUGGACUAGAAGGCAAUGUUUUCCCUAAUCCUGUAGAUACACAAGGUUACAUGGUUAUGUUAUGCUACAAAAAUGGGUCUUUGACUCGAGAAGAUGUGCGCAACCGUUGCGCUGAGAAAUCUUGGGAAAUCUUCAAUACGCAUCUGGAGCAAACACCACCCCUUAAUGGUGGAAAGAUUGGUUUCUACUACAAGGAUCAUGAAAUUCUUCCUCCUCUCCCAGUUGGCUUCCAUCGCUAUGAGCUCCAAAAUUUCACAGGCACCGCUGUGGAGGGAUUGAAUGAACGGGAGGUGAAGGAAUUUGAUCCUCCUUCUGAGGUCCGGGCAGUGAUCGAGGGCCAGUUCCUCUCGAUGCGAGCUCAUUCUGAAAGAUUUGGCAUGCCUUCCCCUCCUAAACGAAUAAUAGCUACGGGUGGAGCAUCAGCUAAUGUUAGCAUUUUGAACACUUUAGCAUCAAUUUUUGGCUGCAAUGUCUAUACAGUCCAACAACCUGAUUCUGCUUCGCUUGGUGGUGCAUUGAGGGCUGCUCAUGGCUGGUUGUGCAGUCAGAAAGGAAGUUUUGUGCCAAUCGCAGACCUGUACAAGGGAAAGUUGGAGAAGUCAGCUCUCAGCUGCAAGCUUUCAGUGAAUGCUGGGAAUCAAGAACUGGCUUCCCAGUAUGCUUUAUUGAUGAAGAAGAGAAUGGAGAUAGAGAAUCGCCUCGUCAAAGAUCUUGGACGAUGCUGA